AUGGCUACCACUUCUAACAUGUUCCUCUAUUCGCUGACAAUCCAGCCACCAACGAGUGUCACGCAAGCCAUCAUCGGCCAAUUUUCUGGGACAAAAGAGCAACAGAUUGUGACAGCUUCUGGGCCACGAUUGAAUCUCUAUCGCCCGGACAUAAAUUCGGGGAAGAUUAUAAAAUUGCUGUCUCAUGAUGUCUUUGGUAUCAUCAGAUCCAUCGCUGCCUUCCGCCUCGCUGGUAGCUCAAAAGACUACAUUAUCCUCGCUUCCGAUUCGGGCCGGAUCGCCAUUGUCGAGUACGCGCCGACGAAGAACUCAUUCUCUCGUAUCCAUCUGGCAACAUUUGGAAAAUCAGGUGUACGCCGUGUUAUCCCAGGUCAAUAUCUUGCCGCCGACCCAAAGGGUCGUGCUUGUCUGAUUGCCUCUAUCGAAAAGAACAAGCUGGUUUAUGUCCUUAAUCGCAACGCUGAGGCCGAGCUCACUAUAUCAUCGCCACUGGAGGCUCAUAAGCACGGUAUUCUCGUCUUCUCUGUUGUAUCCCUCGAUGUCGGCUAUGCCACUCCUGUAUUUGCGGCUCUCGAAGCGGAUUACACCGAGGCGGAACAAGAUGAUUCAGCAGAGGUGGAAAUACAGCUCGUAUAUUAUGAACUGGAUCUUGGAUUAAACCAUGUUGUCCGCAAGUGGUCUGAAGUUGUUGACCCAACGUCGUCUUUGCUCUUCCAGGUCCCUGGUGGGAGCGACGGUCCGAGUGGUGUCUUGGUAUGUGGAGAAGAAAACGUCACAUAUAGGCAUUCAAACCAAGAAGCAUUCCGCGUUCCAAUUCCAAGACGUCGAGGCGCUACCGAGGAUCCUCAACGAAGGCGCAUAAUAGUAUCGGGAGUUAUGCAUAAACUCAAAGGGAGUACCAGCGCAUUCUUUUUUCUGCUUCAGACCGAUGAUGGAGAUUUAUUCAAGGUGACACUUGAUAUGGCAGAGGAUGCCGAUGGAAAUUUAACAGGCGAGGUUACCCGUAUUAAAAUCAAGUAUUUUGAUACGAUUCCGGUUUCUAAUAGUAUUUGUAUUAUGAAGAGUGGCUUUCUUUUCACUGCUGGUGAAUUCGGUAAUUAUCAAUUCUACCAGUUUGAAAAACUGGGUGAUGAUGAUGACGAGACCGAGUUUACCAGCGAUGACUUUCCUACUGAUUACCAGGCAUCCUAUCAUCCUGUUUACUUCCACCCGCGGCCACUUGAAAACUUAACUUUGGUUGAAAGUGUAAGUUCAAUGGCUCCACUCAUGGACUGCAAAAUACUAACUCAAGCUGGAGAGGAUAUCUCGCAAAUAUACGCUGCUUGUGGAAAUGGCGCAAGAAGUACACUCCGGAUUUUGAGGCAUGGGCUGGAAGUUAACGAGCUUGUUGCGUCAGAGUUGCCAGGUACUCCAUCGGCGGUUUGGACCACCAAGCUUACGCAAAGUGACGACUACGAUGCGUAUAUUAUUCUUACCUUCUUGCACGACACUAUGGUUUUGAGUGUCGGGGAGACAGUAACUCAAGUGACUGAUUCGGGAUUCAUCACAACUGUGGCAACGCUUGCGGUGCAACAAAUCGGCAAGAACAGUCUCUUCCAAGUUUACUCGAAAGGGAUUCGUCAUAUCCAAAGCGGACAGUUUACCGAAUGGCCAGUUCCUCAGCAUCGUACUAUUGUUGCUGCUGCGACAAAUGAGCGGCAAGUGGCCAUUGCUCUAAGCUCAGGGGAGAUUGUCUACUUUGAGGUAGAUGAAGACGGAUCUCUUGCGGAGUUUGACGAACGAAAAGAGAUAGGAAGCGUUACAUCUCUCGGUUUGGGCCCCGUGCCUGAAGGUCGACUACGAAGUCCUUUUCUGGCUGUUGGAUGUGACGAUUGCACUGUUCGAAUACUAAGUUUGGAGCCCGAAUCAACUCUCGAAAAGUCUGAAAACAACACUUUGGACCCAUCACUUUGUGCACAACUAUUAGCUGAUACAAAUGUCACCAACGGUGAUGCUAAGCACCUACCACCCGGCGACUUUGGCCUCCCAAGAGGGAAAGGAAGAUGGGCGUCUUGCGUUAGUAUCAUUAAUCCUGUUGCAGAUGCCCCGAGUGUGCUUGACAGGGUACACUUGGAAGGGAACGAAGCGGGUGUCAGUGCAGCAGUCGUGCCAUUCACAAGCCAGGAUGGCGAAAGCUUCCUGAUUAUCGGCACUGGCAAAGACAUGAUUGUCAACCCAAGACAGUCCUCCGAAGGUUUUAUACACGUCUAUCGUUUUCAUGAUGAUGGCAGAAGCUUGGAAUUUAUCCAUAAAACCAAGGUCGAAGAGCCACCUACGGCACUCCUGUCCUUUCACGGCCGACUGCUCGCUGGAAUCGGCAAGACUCUGAGAAUUUACGACCUAGGCAUGAGGCAAUUGCUCCGAAAGGCGCAAGCAGACAUUUCGCCGCAGCAUAUUGUCUCCUUACAAUCCCAAGGUUUCCGAAUUGUUGUUGGCGACGUGCAGCACGGCGUGACCAUGGUGGUUUACAAUCCCGUCUCAAAUAAACUCUUGCCUUUUGUGGACGAUACAAUCGCUCGUUGGACGACUUGUUUAGCUAUGGCAGAUUACGAAUCCGUGGCAGGCGGCGAUAAGUUCGGAAAUAUAUGGAUCGUACGAUGCCCCGAUAAAGCUAGCGCCGAGGCUGAUGAGCCUGGGUCAGACGUGCAACUUAGCAAUGGUCAAAGUUAUCUCCAUGGCGCCGCUCAUAGGCUUCAACUGAUGGCACACAUGUUUGUCCAAGAUAUACCGACAAGCAUCUGCAAGACUAGCUUGGUGGUUGGCGGGCAGGAUGUUUUGCUAUGGAGUGGAUUGCAGGGGACCAUUGGGGUACUCAUCCCCCUUGUCACCAGAGAAACGGCCGAUUUCUUUCAGACUUUGGAGAUGCACAUGCGCAACGAAGAUCCGCCUCUUGCUGGCCGUGACCACUUGAUGUACCGAGGAUAUCACGUCCCUGUAAAAGGUGUCAUAGACGGAGACUUGUGUGAACGCUUUUCACUCCUAUCUCGGGAAAAGAAGCAAAUGAUUGCUGGAGAGCUCGACCGUUCCGUUAGGGAGGUGGAAAGAAGGAUUUCCGACGUCCGAAUCCGCUCCGUCUUCUGA